GCGUUGCAGCCUUAAGUACUGUGCACGCUGAUUUCUUUUCUGCCCGUCUAGAUAUCCUCCACACCAUGUUAUUCUAUUUUGCAUCUUGCGUUAUUAGUUCGGUUGUCGUUUUUCUUUAUCCUGGCUACGCAUCCUACAAGACACUUUCCCAGAGACCUGCCUCCGAGGAGGAUUUGGAACGAUGGCUCAUGUAUUGGUCAGUCCUUGGAUGUAUCGUCGGAGUUGAGUAUCUUGCGGAGUGGCUCGUUUCAUGGAUACCGUUCUACUACCUCAUAAAGACCCUAUUUCUUCUCUAUCUAGCACUCCCACAGACGCGCGGCUCAUCCUACCUCUAUAUCAACCAUCUUCAACCAUUCUUCCACACUCAUGAGUCUCAGAUCGAUGCAACGCUCGCAUCUUUCAAAUCUCGUGUCUAUACCUUCAUCCAUGACAGGUUUCGCACCUUAUGGGACGCAGUUGCUGCAGCAAUCGGUCAACAGCAACAGGCCAAUUUUGCCCCUGCGGGCGGGGUGACAGACAACGGUGCACCCCCAACGUUGGCUGACCCAGCGUCAGGGCCUGCCCAACUUGUUAGGGGACUGUGGCGCUCGUACGGUCCUACUAUCGUCGCUUCUGGUACCGCAUUGCUGCGGCAAAGUGCUGUGGCAGCGGGAACUUCUGCUGAUCAAGCUUGGAACACUCCCGCAAACACCUUCACAAGGCAUUCUGACGCUGGUCGUCAGGGCCCUGGUUCAUUCAUGAAAGAUCGCAAGCGCGAGCUCGAAGCUGAGCUUGCAUUCAUUAAUUCGGCAGAGCGGCCUAGUAUCCCGACUCCCCCCGCUUCAGGCUCUGUCCAGCCACCCUCCCGUGCAUCUUCGGACUUUGAGCUGCGGGAGCGUGGGUCCAGCUUUGUUGGGCGAUUCGAGGAGGUGGACGUCCCCAGCGAUGCAGAGGGGUACGACAUUGAUGGGGACUCUGGCCGUGAGGAGGGUCAUGACAAUAAUGAGGCAAGGAAGCCGGCCACCUGGUUUGGCUGGGGGAGCGCGGCGCCAAGCAAGGGUGGAAAGUCAGAUUAGCUGGGAGCCGGAUCAUGCUGGGGAUUUGUAUCAUAGUGGAUUCUUAUUUACAUUCGCACGGGUGUACAUACUCGGUAAUUCCUGAUCAUGGUGUAUAUUUGUGAGGAGUUGCACUCCUCUACCCGGCAACCAACGCUACAGAGCAAGACUCGUAGCGUUUCACCUUACCACAUUUUCACACUACCACUACGUACAUAUAUGUGUCAUAGCUCAUUGCACGCGCAAUAUUUUCCCUUCGAAUUCUCAUAGUUCUCGCUGUGCACGUCGUAGCAGACUUACACAUCUUUCAUGUGCAAUUUUCAUUG